AUGGAAGGAUGCUGGACAGGGAUGCUGACUCAAGGACUAGAAGAGAACGAGUUUUUGGUUGGAGUGGGUGGGGUUUGUGCUUUACAGAAAGGGAACAUUGUUUCCACAAAAUGUAAACACCUGACAAGAUCAAGAAAAAGAAAUCACCGCCACCUCAAAUCUUAUCUUGGUGCCGAUAAAUCCAAUAAGGGAAUACUCCUAGCAUAUUUAAAAAAAUAUGUUGGUGAGUUUAUGACGAAGACAACAAAGAGCAGGAGGUUUCUAUUAAAACAAUUUAAAGAGUUUCUUGACUGA